UAUUUACUUCUUAGUAUUCAAAUAAAUAAUAUUUGAUAUUGUAUUUUACUUGAUACAUAACUUAAAAUUAUUUAAAUAUUUUUUAAAUUUCGCUCUUGGCGCUUGCGCAAUAGGCGUGAAAUUUUUUCUCAUCACGAUGGCAAUGACUGGUACGGGAGACGUAUGUUCUGAAGGGUUAAUACGAGUAAGGUUAAUGAUGGUAAAAAUCAUGUACUAAUUUGAACUUGUUUUUUUUAUUUAUAAUAUAAAUUUAAAAAUUACAACAACAAAAUGGGUGACAUUGAAUUGCAAGAAGAAGAACGAGAAGUAUUGCUAUCGAUCUAUGAAGGCGAUGCAGCUUUUAAGCAAUUAAACUCUACGACUUAUCAAUAUAAGUAUGGAGAGGAUAAUGAUCCGCGUUCAUUUUUAUUAGAGAUAAUUUGGCAUGAAACUUACCCUACCAACAAACCGACAAUUAGCAUGGAAACAUUCUAUAACAAACACAUUCUCCCUAAAGUAAAAGAAAAAAUUAUAGCCCACGUCGAAGCUGAAGCAGAGCAAUGGCUUGGGUGUGCUAUGACUUACACUUUGUUUCAAUCAGUUCAAGAACGUUUAACUGAAUUAAUAGAAGAACAGCAAGCUUCGAUUGCUGAUGUAAGCAUUCAAACAGCUAAAUUGAAUCUUGAUGAUAAUAAUCAAAAAGAAGAAUCAGCUAAAAAACAAAAAAAAGAACAACUCACAAAAUCACAAAAAAGGCGUCGUUGGAAUAAGGUUGAUAGCAAAGGCGAAAAACCUCGUGGAUGGGAUUGGGUUGAUAUUGUUAAACAUUUAUCUCAGACAGGCUCAAAAGCUGAGCAAGAAACGUAAACUUCUAUGUCAAAACAAAUUUUUUAUGAAAAAAUACGAAUUGUUUAUAUUUUUAUAAAAAUUUCAUUAAUACAGUGUAGAAACGAUGACUA